AUAUCUUACGCCAGAGCAGCUCUCAGCCAUCAGAGUGGAGAGACACUACAAGCGGAGAGAGAAAGCGGGAGAGAGAGACGCACCGACGAGACUCGGAACAUAAACCGCGCAAGCUCCAGCGGAUCCACGCGGAGAGCCCACAGCCAGUCACCAGCAGCACUACGCGGGGUGUGUGUGUGGGAAAAAAAAAACUAGAAGAGCGAUGCAGUCGCUGUACCACCACCUGCUCAGCCUGCUGCUCGUCAGCACCCUGCAGCUUCACCAGCUCACCGAGGGCUGCUCGUGCGCCCUGACGCACCCGCAGGACGCGUACUGCAACUCCGACAUAGUCAUUCGCGCCAAAGUGGUGGGCAAGAAGCUCCUGCGAGAUGGACCUUUCGGAACGAUGCGCUACGCCGUCAAGCAGAUGAAGAUGUACAAAGGCUUCGAAAAAAUCCAGCAUGUGCAGCAUAUCUACACGGACGCUUCAGAGAGCUUAUGCGGUGUCAAGUUUGACAUCAACAAGUAUCAGUACCUGAUCACAGGGCGGGUGUACGACGGCAAGGUGUACACGGGACUGUGCAACUUCAAUGAGCGAUGGGAGCGCCUCUCGCUGGCUCAGAAGAAAGGCAUCAACCACCGCUACCAGCUGGGCUGCAACUGCAGGAUCAAGCCCUGCCACUACCUACCCUGCUUCGUGACCUCCAAGACCGAGUGCCUAUGGACGGACAUGUUGUCCCACUUCGGGUAUCCGGGUUACCAAUCCCGACACUAUGCCUGCAUCCAGCAGAAGGAGGGCUACUGCAGCUGGUACCGGGGCGUGAACGCCCGCGACAAAACCGUCGUCAACACAACUGACCCUUGAACCCCACCGAGCGAGUCUCGCCUCAACAACAAUCAGAACAAUGCUUAACUCAUUCAGUACCAGCCAAUUCUUGACCAAGUUCGAAAAGGCGUUUAAAAACGUCUUUGGGAGUGAAUGAGUUAAAAAAAAUAAAAAAAAUGUGCCGAGGGUCCGCAAAGCUACAUGUUGUCCAGCGACGGUGAGAUUUUAUUUUUGAUUGUACAUAAGCUACAGAAAUGAAUUAUCCGCUCAAGUGAAACCCCUGUAAAACGUUUAUUUAUCUGGAUCAGAUGGUUGAUUUGCUGAGGAUGUGUAUAUCUCUAUAUCGAAAGCUAUAUAUACAUAUAUUCUGUUCCAAACACAAAAACAAAAAAAAACUACUGUCCUAAAUGAAGGACAGGCAUUUUCAAGUUGACUAUCGUGUUGCCGUUUUUUUUUUGUUUGUUGCCGCCCCGCCACACACCCCCUUCUCAAAGUGUGAUCAUCAUUUCCUCGUCCGGUACUUGUCGCAAACCAAUCAACGAUAUGCAGAGCUUUCAGAUAGUUUUCUGUUUUUCAAUAUUUUGUUUUUGGUAUGGAAUCGUUUCAAAUGAACACAUACAGCAUAUAACCGUUUUUUUUUCUUUCCAGAGCAGUUACCUUCAGUUCAUUCCAUUAAAAAGUGAUCGACAUGCAAUCGCCUCGGGAUUGGACGAACUGCAGCUAUCGCCCGAUGAUCCCUAGUAUUCAUUCUCACGCGGACUAAAUUGGCAAUAGCGCAUUUUCUCCCGACUGAGGUGUUUUGCGUGUCCUAUUCUGUGGUUCGCAUUUGUGUAAAUAUACAUUCUCGAGUUUGAUCCUGAUGAAAAAAAAAAUCCAAUCAAGGAAACUGUGUACAGUCUAUGUGUCUAACGCCGUUUCCUGUAUAGCUAUUUUAUAUUUUUAUAAUAAAGAUUGAAUGAAUAUGA